UAAACAUAAAUGACAUAAAAACAAACAAAACGUAACCAACGUAACACAAGAGAAAAUACUGUAACAUUCUUCAUUGUUUAUUGUAAAUUUAGGUAAAGUGUAUCGUAGUUUGAGGGACCCUUUAGCCAUCUAGCUAUAAGAUUUUAUAAUUAAAAGGUAGGUUCUGUGUCAUAGAUGGUCCGGCAUUACAAACGGAAGACAGUAACAAAGUAUUGCAAGGAACAUUUGUUAAAGGCAUUAGAAGAUAUCAGAAACAAGAAAUUAAAUUAUUGCCAAGCAGCUAAAGUGUAUGGUAUCCCGACGAGUACAUUGGUUUCGAGGAUACGAAGAAGAUUGAAGAAAUCAUUGAAUGAGGAGGAACAAGCAGAAGUCUCUGCAUCAUCGGCACUGGUGCCUCUGGGCUCCGAACCUGGAUCUAAAAAACGGGAACCGCCGGAAAUAAAGACGUACAAAAACAAUUACUUUCUGAAAAAGUAUGGUGCAGGCCCGCCGCUAGUGAUCCCGCCGGUGGCGCCCUCCGGCCUGACGUGCAGCGCGUGCAGCUACUCGAUCGUGGGCCGCGUGUACGCGUGCGUUCAGUGCGCGGGCGUGCGCGUGUGCGCGGCGUGCGAGCGCGACACGCACCGCGCGCACGCCGUGCUCAGGCUGCCCUCCGAGCGGGUCUAUAACAUAGUGCGAGAUGUGUUUGUGUCUCUACAAAGAGAGUUCAACUCUAUACUGAAAUUAUCGGAUGAAGAUAACGAGAAAAGCACUUUUAAGGACAUUCUCAAAGAUCCUACACCAUCCAAAGCCACCCUAGAUACCAGCGCUCCAGCCCCCGUUCCUUCUGACGAACCCAUGGUCGAAUAUCUUAUAGAAAAAGAUACACACGAAGAACUUGAUAUCAAACCAGAACUAGAUCCACUCUUCGAAAUCCCCGAAACAUCUGUCACUUUAGAAGCCACACACGGCUGCAGCUCACCAGAAAUCAAACUAGAGGGUGUCCCACUGGUUGAAUACCUUUUAGAUAAUGACAUAGAAGAACAACACAAAGAGCCACCCCCAAAAAGAAUAGAUAAAAAAUAUAAAAGUGUUGUCAGAAAGAAAGUGCAUAAAAGCAGAUUAUUUGAAUCAGAAAAUAUACUGAGAAAAUGUGAAAAAAGUAAUGUGAACAAUACAGUUGUUUCAAAUGAUAAAGAAAUUGUGAUAAAAAUGAAUAAGCCAGCGGAGACAUUAUUGAAUGUGGAAAGAGCCAGUCCAACAGACUGGUGUCCUCAAGAGAUGAAGGAUCCACCUGAAGGUGCUAGCGUGGACUCUUCAAGCUACGUGAUCGUCCGGAACAGCACUCACAACUUCUGCCAGAAAGUGCCCCGGCUCAACCAGCCCACAUCAAUGAUUACCAAUUUUAAAAAAUAUAUAAACUACCGUGACACACCUUCAUGAUGGUAAUAGAAUACCUAACUUUUAAAGAUCUUGAGAAUAGUAUAAUAUACUUAUAGUUAAUAGUUUCUAAAUAAAUUUUAAAUGAGUAUUA